AUGCCACUGCCACCACUUAUCUCUGAGCGCUUCCGACUUCUUCGUCCAUUGAACGACGCGUUGUACGGAUCCAUAGGACUAUAUGAAGACAUACAACAUAAUAGUGAGCCUGUAGCUAUAAAGCAAGUGUCGCUAGCACGAGCUGUAGCAAUUUUGCGUGUCAAUCCUAACAUGGACAAUCCCUGGAGCGAGCAUCGCGUGGUCUCACAUCUGAUGGCACUUCCACCGCAUACCAACAUUGUGCGCGUUCGUGGUGAGUUUCUACAUUUAAACGACACAUGGUGUGUAGUUAUGGAAUUUUGUCCCGGUGGAGAUCUAUGGAGCUUAUUGGAAUCUCAGCCGAACAAUCGCCUUCCAGAGCUUGAGGCGUGCCAGCUUUUUCUUCAAUGUGUACGUGGAGUGCGCUUCCUACACGCGCAAGGCAUUGCACAUCGUGAUCUGUCACUUGAAAAUAUCUUUUGUAGUCGUGGAGUAUGCAAAAUUGGAGAUUUUGGACUAAGUACAAAUGUACCGCUCCGAGGCUGUGGCGAGACUGUGGGCAAGGCUUACUACAUGGCUCCUGAAGUGGUCAAUCAAGAGGCAUAUGACGCAUUUUCUGCUGAUGUGUGGUCGCUUGGUAUUAUGCUUUUUAUUAUGCUUACUGGCUCACCGCUCACGUCUUGUGCGUCGCGAGACAAUAAAGCAUUUAAUGCUUUUUGUAAAUUGGGCGUGGCGAAAAUUAUCGUCUCGUGGGGGCUUUCAGAUCGAAUAUCUCCGGCUACAGUUGGAUUGAUAGAUAGACUACUCAGCAUCGACCCAAGUGACCGACCAACGAUCGAUGAGCUGUAUGAGAUUCUGGAGGCAAGAGCAAAGAUCAAUGCACAGCAAAGUGUAGAAAUUUAUUGA